AUGCUCCUGUGCAGUCUAUGUAAUAGGUCUUUUCCAUUAUACAAACCCACAACUUCACUCUCUCCCUCCCUUUUUUCCUUUUUCCCUCUCUUUCCCUUUCUCUUAUUCUCUAUUUUUUAUUGUCUCUUUCUCUCUCUCUUUUUCUCUCUUUCAUACUUCUCUCACUCUUUCUGUCUCAGGGUGAAAGAAAAUCAAGAGAGUGCUAUUUCCUUUCCAAAUCUCUUCGUCUUUUCUCUCUCAAUUCCUCCCUUAUUCGCCCUCCCUUUCUAUUUCUCUUCCGUCUCUUACACGCCCUGUCCUUCACUGCCUCUUCUUCUCUCUCUCUCAUACUCUUCCUCUUUUUCCUCUCUCGCUCACAUUCCUUCUUUCUUUCUCUCUUACUCCCUUUCCUUUCUCUUUCUCUCAAUCUCUCAAUUUUUUUCUCUCUCUCUACUCGCUCUCUCUUACUGUCUCACGUCUAUUCCCUCUUUUUUCUCUCUCUCUCUCAAUCUCUCUCUCCUUUACUCUCUCUCUCUCUCUCUCUCUCUCUCCUCUCUCUUACAUACCCUCUCUCUUUUUCUUUCUCACUCACUACCCCGCUUUUUUUUUUCAUACUCCCUCUCUCUCUUUCUUUCGUUCUUUCUAUCAUGGAGAGGCCAUAUUUGCGUAUGA